AUGACCGAUUCCAACCCCGUCAAGGAGGUCGAGGCCUCCAUGGCCAACCUCUUGCUUGAUGAGGUCACUGGCGAAAAGGUUUCCAAGACCGAGCUGAAGAGACGCCAGAAGCUGCGCGAGAAGGAAGCCAAAAAGAAGGAGAAGGAGGCUGCUGCUCCCCCCAAGGCUGCGCAGAAGAAGGUCUCUGCUGAAGAGGAGGAGGCGAACCUGACCCCCAACCAAUACUUCGAGAUCCGUAGCAAGAGAAUCAACAAGCUCCGAGAGACCAAGCAGCCCGACCCCUACCCCCACAAGUUCCAGGUCACCGACGACCUACGCAAGUUCUUGAAGAACUAUGAGAGCCUGGAGAAGGGCGAGCAGAAGCCCGAAACCACUGUCCGGAUUGCCGGUAGAAUUUACACUAAGCGAUCGUCCGGUGCUAAGUUGAUCUUCUACGAUAUCCGCGCCGAGGGUGUCAAGGUGCAGGUGGUGGCACAGGCCCAGCAUGCUACUGGUGCUAUUUCAUUCGAGGAUCAGCACGAGAACCUCCGGAGAGGUGAUAUCAUUGGUAUUGUCGGUUUCCCUGGUCGUAGUAACCCCAAGAACCGACCUGACGGUGAGCUGUCUAUCUUCGCUACCGAGGUGAUCCUGCUCGCGCCCUGCCUUCACGCCAUCCCAACCGAACACUACGGUUUCCAGGACAAGGAACAGCGCUUCCGCCAGCGCUAUCUUGAUCUGAUCAUGAACGAUAAGUCUCGUAAUGUUAUGGUCACUCGUUCUCGGAUGGUUACGUAUAUUCGCAACUUCUUGGACCAGCGUGACUUCGUCGAGGUUGAAACCCCCAUGAUGAAUGCCAUUGCUGGUGGUGCAACAGCCAAGCCUUUUGUAACUCACCACAACGAACACGACAUGAACCUAUUUAUGCGUAUUGCUCCUGAGCUUUACCUUAAGAUGCUGAUUGUUGGAGGACUCGAGCGUGUUUACGAGCUCGGUCGCCAGUUCAGAAACGAGGGUAUCGACCUUACUCACAACCCCGAAUUCACAACCUGCGAGUUUUACUGGGCUUAUGCAGAUGUCUACGAUGUCAUGAACAUGACAGAGGAGCUUGUUUCCGGCCUGGUUAAGCACAUAACUGGUGGCUAUGAGACCACCUUCCACACACAGACUGGUGAAGAAUACCAGGUCAACUGGAAAGCCCCAUGGAAGCGCGUGGAGAUGAUCCCCGCCCUUGAGGAGGCUACUGGCGAGAAGUUUCCUCCCGGCGACCAACUACACACCGCUGAGACUGCUGAAUUCCUCAAGAAGGUCUUGAAGAAGACUGGCGUGGAUUGCUCACCACCCCUCACUAACGCUCGUAUGCUUGACAAGCUUGUGGGUGAAUUUAUUGAGGAAACUUGCGUCAACCCCACAUUCAUCACUGGCCACCCUCAAAUGAUGUCUCCUCUGGCCAAGUACCACCGUAAGACUUCCGGUCUCUGCGAGCGUUUCGAGGCCUUUGUCUGCAAGAAGGAAAUUGUCAACGCCUACACUGAGUUGAACGACCCCUUCGACCAGCGUCUUCGCUUCGAAGAGCAGGCCCACCAGAAGGACCAGGGUGACGACGAGGCUCAAAUCAUCGAUGAGAACUUCUGUACCAGCUUGGAAUACGGUCUGCCUCCUACCGGUGGCUGGGGUAUGGGCAUUGACCGUCUCGUCAUGUUCUUGACGGAUAACUACAGUAUUAAGGAGGUUCUCGCCUUCCCAUUCAUGAAGGAUGACAAGACUGCACAAGAUGGCAAGUCCGCUGCUGAGGUUGUUGGCAUCGAGCCUCAACCCGAGGAAGGAAUCCCCCACAAAUAG